CAAACGGAAUUGACCGGCUAUAAAAGCUAUAGACUCUCCAGAGUUAGGUAUUAGUAGCUGUUUAGUAGUUUUAGAGUUAAUAGCUUUUGUGAAUUUGAACGGAUUACCACAGUUGCCAAUCUCCAUUUGUUUUAUUCAAAGCCAACAUGAAGUGUUUUAUCAUUUGCGCUGUUAUUGCCUGUUCCCUUGCUGUUUUUGUAAGGGCUGAAGAUGAUCAGAUUGCUGCUGCAUCAGAAAAUUCUUCGCAAGAUCAAUUAUCGGCAUCGGCCAGCAGUUUGAAUCCUUAUUCGGAAAAACAUCAAGGCAAGCGAUACGUAGGUGGUUAUAGCGGACUUGGAGGCUAUGGUGGUUAUGGAGGUCUAGAUUCGACAACAUUGGGCUAUGGUGCUGGUCUAGGUGCCUAUAGUGGAGCCCUGGGCGGUGCUGGUUAUGGCGGUUAUGCCGGCUACGGUGGUUAUGGCGGUUAUGCCGGUUAUAACUCCAGAUUGGGAUUGGAUGGCUAUGCUGGUUAUCCAGGCUAUAAUGGUUACUAUCCCGGCGGCAGUUAUCCCUAUGGCAGCACAUACUACAACAGCUAUCGUGCUGGUGCCUAUCCUUAUGGUCGUGGCACUUAUGGUUACAAUAGCUAUCCUUCUAGCUAUUAUUCCGGCGGUUAUGGCAGCAGCAUUGUUGGUGGUGGUUUGGGUGCCUUGGGUACACCCGGUUAUGUACCACCUGUUGCCGGUGCUGGUUACAAUUAUGGUCCCGGCAUUACCGGUACUGUUUACUAAAAGCAAAACCAAAAUGAGAGUCUGACUCUCUCAUUUAAGUUCAAAAUCAAUUUAGAUCAAAUUCUAAAAUAAUUUUUUUACGCAAAAUAAAUUAAAAUAUGAAUAUAUAUAAAAA